UCUGUCCUACUAGUGCCAGAAAGGACUGAUGCUAAUUUCUCAACCACGUGGAUGAAAAUAAGGGAGAAAAGCAAGGUGAAAUAGUAUGUUGCAGCUUAACAUGAGGAGACAAUUUCCUUUCCUUAAACAUAAAGGAAGAGAAGUACCAAGUAUCAUCACACAGCCCAACAUGGGGAAGGAUAAUGAAGGUGUGUGUUUAAACAAGCAGAGCGAUUUUUCUGGUACUGCUCCACUGAGCUCUCAGCCCCUGCUGCUCCUUGGACCAGAGGGAAACUACAACUAUUACGUGGAUGAUGAAGAUGAGGAAGAGGAAGAAAAAGACCAAGGAAAAUGGCCAACAGGGGACCGAUUUGAGGGAGAAAACAAGCUCUCAUCAUCCAUUCCUUUCUCCCCCGCCUUUUCCUCUGGGGCCCCAGCCAGACCUUCCACUCCAUCUGUGCUGAACAUUAAUGUUGGCGGCCAAAGCUACCGUCUCACCUACCAGGCAGUGGCCACCUAUCCCAAGACCCGCCUGGGCCGCCUGGCCACUUCCACUGACCGUCGCUGCCAGCUGGGCCUGUGUGAUGACUAUGCUGCCCAGGUGGACGAGUAUUUCUUCGACCGUGACCCGGCUGUCUUUCAGCUGGUGUACAACUUUUAUGCCUCAGGGGUGCUCCGUGUGCGGGAUGAGCUGUGCCCACGCAGCUUCUUGGAGGAGCUGAGCUACUGGGGCGUGCGGCUCAAAUACACACCCCGCUGCUGCCGCAUCUGCUUUGAGGAGCGUCGCGAUGAGCUGAGCGAGCAGCUGAAGGUCCAGCGUGAGCUGCGCUCCCAGGCAGAAGCUCAGGAGAAUGAGCAGCUCUUCCACCACAUGCGCUACUAUGGGCCCCAGCGCUGGCGCCUCUGGAACCUCAUGGAGAAGCCCUUCUCCUCUGUCACUGCCAAGGUGAUGGCAGUGGCCUCCAGCUUCUUUGUGCUCAUCUCUGUGGUGGCUCUGGCACUCAAUACGGUGGAGGAGAUGCAGCAGGUAGACAGGAAGAGUGGAGAGAGUCGGCCUGUCCUGGAGCACAUUGAGACCCUGUGCAUUGUGUUCUUCACGCUGGAGUACUUGCUGCGGUUGGUCUCCACCCCAGAUCUGCGUCGUUUUGCCAGCAGCGCCCUCAAUGCUGUAGACCUCAUUGCCAUCCUGCCCCUCUACCUACAGCUGCUGCUCGAAUGCUUCACUGAUGACGACCAGCCCCGAGGUCGGGGAUCUCAACAUGAGUACGAUAUCGAGAAGGUGGGACGGGUGGGCAAAGUGGGACAAGUGCUUCGCAUCAUGCGUCUCAUGCGCAUCUUUCGCAUCCUCAAGCUGGCCCGCCACUCCACAGGGCUGCGUGCCUUUGGCUUUACCUUGCGCCAGUGCUACCAGCAGGUGGGCUGCCUUUUGCUGUUUAUUGCCAUGGGCAUCUUCGCCUUCUCUGCCAUGGUCUACACAGUGGAGCAUGAUGUCUCCAGUACCAACUUCACCAGCAUCCCCCAUGCUUGGUGGUGGGCUGCCGUCAGCAUCUCCACUGUGGGAUACGGAGACAUGUGUCCAGAAACUCACCUUGGCCGCCUGUUUGCGUUCCUGUGCAUUGCUUUUGGGAUAAUCCUAAACGGCAUGCCCAUCUCCAUCCUCUACAACAAGUUCUCAGACUAUUACAGCAAGCUGAAAGCCUACGAGUACACUGCUCUCAAGAAAGAGAGGGGGAAGGUCGACUUCACGCGGAGAGCCAUGAAGAAAAUCUCUGAAUGCUGUGGAGAAGGUGGAGCUCGCUCCUUGCCACAGCAUGGAUAGGAGCAGAACUUUGGGUGUGAGGUUAAAACAGGGAAGCUGGAUGAAAAAAAGUGAGUCAGCAAAGCUAACUAGAGAAGAUCUGAAAAGGCUGAAAGUAACAAAAAGUAGGCAGUGAAAUACGCCUGCAAGGAAGCUGUUUUUGAAAGAAAGAAAGAAAAAAGCUCAGAUUACGACGACAUAUAUAUAUUUUUUUAUUGGCAAUAUUAGGUUCAUGAGCUCAUGUGCUCAUGAGACAUCUAAAUGAUGUUCUUCAGACAUAGUGCCCAGAAACUCUGAAUUAGACCCACAAGAAGAUGUGACCCCUGCGACUGGCCAGACCCUUGCUGAAAACAAACCAAACCAAAGGGAAAAGAAACCAAUGUUGUUAUUAAGGGUUGGCCACUUCUCUGCUGCCAGGGCAGUCUUAAAAAUUAAACUUCUUAUAGGAUACUCACUACAUUGACUGCAUUGAUGAAAUCAGUUUUGCCUCAGCUUUUGAAAUAAGGAAAACAGCCUAGGAUGCUUUCUUGAAUAUUAUCAGCAUCUGUACUCAAGCUUUCAGUUUCCACUUGCACUGAUAGUUAUGUUUCAGUGUCCCAAUUGUAUUUUCCAAAUGUAGCACUGCAAGUGACUCCUAUUUUCACACCUAGGUGAGCAACACGCUGGUUUUACUAUUUCCCCCUCUACCACCUCUGUAAUCAUCUUCCAUUAUGUCAAGAAUUUGUGGGGAUAUCUGGAGUAUGAGCUGAUAAAUGUCAUCAGUUUUGCAGACACUUCCAAACCAAAAGCUUCUCUAGGUGUAGGAUUAAGUGAUAAACUACUUUAUUCUACAGCAUCUAGUGUAUCUGUUUAUUGAAUUGUUAAAAUAAUAAUAGCCUGUCAGGGGACAUAAAUGAUAGAGAAACAUUCUGUAAAAACCCUCAAAUGAAAUGUGUAAUAGAUAAUAUCUCAUAAAGACUUUUCAUGUAAAGGAUCUUAUCAGCACUUAUCAGCCAAAUUUAAAUACCAUUUAAAGACAAGGUGCACACAGCCACUAUAAAGACACACAUCUGACACCUUGGUUCAUCUACAGGGGCUCUGUAUUUCCUGUGAGUACCGAGCCUUCUCACAUGGCUGGACAUGUCAGAAUCUCAUCCCUAGAACUAAAUAACAAAUAGCAACAAGAAGAAUACUGAACAGGAUCAGCAUUUCAUGCAUUAGGUGGCUGCAUAUCAGGAAUAUUCUUUCUACAUAAGAGAAGCCCUAGCUGUUAAAAAUCAGGAAUCUGAACAAUAUAUCUGAAAGUUAUUUAAUUGAUGCUCAGAUCCGCAUAGAGUAAAACACAGUAAUAAAAAGAAGCGAUGGAAAUGACUGCUGCUCAGCAGCACAGCACUCUUGCUGUGAAACAGCCUGACAGCAGAGGUGCAUUUUAGUAUUUCUUAACACCCGCAUUGUCCCUGUGCUGCCCUGCUGAAUGCAAAUGGCCACAUUCAAAGCUCAGCCAUGCUGGAGACA